AUGGCUCAUCAGCCUCAGAAACGACGCUUGACCUUGAGGCCUGAUCCAGACCAUAUAGGGCACAAGUCGCAGAAAAUAUCUCGUGCUUCGUAUGAACAAUAUACGAUCGCCUGGAUCUGUGCACUACCAAAGGAAUUGACUGCAGCUCGAGCUGUGCUGGAUAAUGUCCACGAACCGUUGCCCAAGCAGAAAAACGACACCAACUCGUAUAUACUUGGCAGCAUAGGGUGCCACAACAUCGCUAUUGCGUGUUUGCCAACUAAUGAGUAUGGAACAAACAAUGCGGUAAACGUGUUGACUAAUCUUACCCGCACGUUCACAUCGAUUUAUCUUAGUCUCAUGGUAGGGAUUGGCGGCGGAGUCCCGGGUGAAGACUUUGACAUUCGUUUAGGCGAUAUUGUUGUUGGUACCCGCGUGGUGCAGCACGAUCUUGGCAAGAUAAUUGAAAGAGGACAAAUUCAUCAUACUGCAGUCCCGAGGACUUUGGCUCAUCUGAUUGGCAAAGCUUUAUCUCUUCUACAAGCGGAGCAUCAACCGUAUAGCAGUCGGAUUCCCGUCAUAUUAGAAAAGAAUUUCAGAGAGUAUCCAGCGUACACCCGUCCAACUACAGCAGACCGUCUCUUCUCUCCAGAAUAUCGACACGACUCUCAAGCACAAAGCUGCAAUGAAUGCAGCGCUUCAGCGCUGGUAAAGAGAAGCGACCGGAGUACAGAUAACCCACAUAUCUAUUACGGUACCAUUGCCUCCGGCAAUCAAGUUAUAAAAGAUUCGACAGUUCGCGAUAAGGUCGCCCAGGACCUUAAUGCCAUUUGUUUCGAAAUGGAAGCGGCUGGCCUGAAUGAUAUCUGUCCCUCUUUGUCGGUACGGGGAAUAUGUGAUUAUUCUGACUCUCACAAGAGCAAGGAAUGGCAGGAAUAUGCUGCUGCCACCGCAGCCGCUUUCGCAAGGGAAUUCCUAGAAAAGCUUCCUCCUACGGAGGAAAUCCCCACAGGAACACCAAAGAGUGCUCAGCAUGACUAUUGGCUUCAAAACGAAAAGUACAACAAGUGUCUGCGUGAUCUGCGCGAGACUGAUCCUCGUGAUGACAAGAGCCGUAUCGAAGAAACAAAAGGCGGGCUUCUCGAAGAUGCGUACCUAUGGAUUCUUGAAAAUGACAAAUUUCAAGAAUGGUACAACGCCACACAGAGUCAGCUUCUUUGGAUCAAAGGCGACCCCGGAAAGGGUAAAACAAUGCUACUAUGUGGACUCAUCAAUGAGCUUAAGAAAGAACACAGGAGUCUCUUAUCAUACUUCUUUUGCCAAGCUACUGAAGCACGAUUAAGUAACGCGACAGCCGUGCUCCGUGGUCUGAUCUACCUUCUUGUGGUUCAACAUCCUCCUCUUGUCUCUUACAUCGACGAGAAGUAUGAUCAUGCGGGGAAGCAGCUGUUUGAAGAUGGGAAUGCAUGGCAAGCUCUAUCCAAGAUCUUCAAGUCCAUGCUUGAGGACCCGAUACUAGAUGACGUGCUCCUGAUUGUUGAUGCUGUUGAUGAGUGUACAACAGACCAAGAGAAGCUCCUUGACUUGAUAAUCAAGUCUAGUAAUGUCAAGUGGAUCGUGACAAGCCGUAACUGGCCGGAAAUCGAACAGGCCUUAGACCUUUCCACGCAGAAAGUCAGGAUACAUCUUGAGUUAAAUCAAGACUCAGUAUCCAAGGCCGUUGAAGCAUUCAUUGAUUGGAAGGUGGAGAAGUUGGCUAACCAGAAGCAAUACGACUCGAAGCUCAAAAGCGACGUGAUGAGCUACUUGGUUGAGAAUGCUGAGGGCACGUUCCUAUGGGUCGCUUUAGUUUGUCAGGGACUCUCAGAUAACAAGGUGUUGCGCAAGCGUCACACACGCCUCAAGCUGGAAGAGUUCCCAAAGGGACUUGACCCGCUGUACGAAAGAAUGAUGGAUUAUAUCUCCUCUUUACAAGAUGCAGAGAUAUGUAGAGAGAUACUGGCUCUUGCUUCUGUCGUGUAUCAACCAGUCACCUUGACUGAAUUGAGAACUCUUCUAGGGUCACAGUAUGAGGAUGAAGAUGAUGACCUGUCAGAAGUUAUCGAGUGUUGUGGUUCUUUCCUAACACUUCGAGGUGAUGCUAUCUAUUUCCUGCAUCAGUCGGCCAAAGACUUCUUGGUCCAAAAGGCGGUAGACGUGAUUUCACCGUUAGGUCUUGCGUAUCAACAUGGGGUGAUCUUGGAGAGGUCAUUGCAGGCACUUUCAAAGACUCUGAGACGUGAUAUGUGCCAACUUGGCCGUCCAGGGUUUAAUAUCAACGAUAUCUCAGCGAAUGUUCUCAAGCGACUGGAUCCCAUUCGAUACUCUUGCAUUUAUUGGGUAGAUCAUCUCCGCGACUCCGAGCCCACCGGGCUUGACAACAAUUUGAGAAAUGGUGGUGAUAUCCACGUGUUUAUUCAGAAGAAAUAUCCAUACUGGCUAGAAGCUCUCAGUCUCUUGAGUAGCACAGUGGAAGGAGUCAAGGCCAUGUAUAAGCUCGAGGGGCUGGCUACUAGUUCCAAUGCACCAGCCCCAGUGACGAAGCUGCUCCAAGAUGCGCGCCGUUUUAUCCUCACCCAUAGGCGAGCGAUCGAGACUGCCCCGCUGCAAGCCUAUGCCUCAGCACUAGUCUUUAGUCCAGAAUGUAGCCUCGUUCGGCAGCUAUUCAAGCACGAAGAGCCAGAUUGGAUAACUCUGAAGCCCAAGAUGGAUAAUAACUGGGAUAAUUGUCUACAAACACUUGAAGGUCAUGACCGUGCGGUUUUUUCAGUAGCUGUCUCACCAGAUAACCAGCUAAUUGCAUCAGGUGGAUGGGACGAGAAAGUCAAAAUAUGGGAGUUAGAAACAGGCCUGUGUCGACAUACUCUUGAGGGCCAUUAUCAUGACAUCCAUUCCCUCAUCUUUCUACCUGAUGGAGAAACUCUUGCAUCGGCUUCGAGAACUAUAAAGAUAUGGGACACGAAAACAGGAUUGUGUCUACAGACACUAGAGGAUCACGACGAAGAUGUGAGCUCAUUGGCUUCCUCUCCGGAUGGCCAGCAUCUCGUUUCGGGGUCAAAUGAUUCGACAAUCAAGAUCUGGAGUUGGAAAACGGGAGAAUGUGUCAAGACUCUUGAAGACCACUCUGGCGAGGUUACUUCAAUGGCCUUCUCACCAGACAACCAGUGUCUUGUGUCAGGAUCGACUGAUGGUACGGUUAAGAUCUGGGACAUGAAAUCAUUCUCAUGCCUACAGACGCUACAGGCUUACAAUGAUAACGUCAUGUCAGUUGCCUUCUCUCCAGACGGUAAACGUCUUGCUUCAGUCUUGCGCGAAAAUGGGAUCAAAAUCUGGGACUCGGCGACAGGCUCUGAACUUCCGAUAGUGGAAAGCCCCUGGACUUCCGGGCUUACAAUAGCAUUCUCAGCUGAUAGUGAACAUGUCGCUUUGGGUACUUCCGAAUCCAUGAUCAAACUCUUCGAUGCAGAAACCGGCUCAGUCCUGCAAACUCUAAAAGGCUUUGAUGGCCCAGUAGAAUCUGUGGCCUUUACGGCUGAUGGGCAGCAUCUUAUAUCAGGUUCAGGUGAUGGCUCCGUAAGGAUCUGGGCUGCAUCAAUCGACACAAACCCGCUACCAUUUGAAUAUCACGAUCAGAGCGUGCAGUCUAUUGCCAUUUCGGCAGAUGGCUUGCGAGUCGUAUCAGGUUCCAGCGAUACUACAGUCAAGAUCUGGGAUGCCGAAACAGGUGUAUGCCUACAGACACUUGAAGGCCACCGCGGGGUAAUAAACUUGGUGACCUUCUCAGCGAAUAGCAAUCGCCUAGCUUCAUGCUCAGGUGAUUACACAAUUAAAGUCUGGGAUACUAUAGCUGGUACAUGCCUCUACACGCUCAAGGACGUUGGGUGGGUACAUUUAGCGGCCUUCUCAGCAGACCAUCAAUGUCUUGUAGCAAGUUCAAAGUCAAGCACAGUCAAGAUCUGGAACGCAGAAACGGGUAAAUGCUUGCAUACCUUUGAGCAUAAUAAUAGAGUGGCCUCAAUGGCCCUCUCAGUUGACAGUAGGUGUCUCGCAACCGGUUCGCACGACGGGAUGAUUAGGAUUUGGAAGAUAAGAGAUCAGGGCUUCAAAUUUCUACAGGGACGACAUGCCCGGUCAAUAUCAUCAUUAGCUUUCUCUGUGGAUUCCCAGUAUCUUGCAUCAGGCUCGUACGACGCAAAGGUUAACAUCUGGGAUUCAGAACGGUGCACCUGCCUGUACACAAUCAACAUCGGGAUAACCCUCCAUCACCUAUCUUUUGAUUUAUGGACAAACUCUCAGCUCCACACGGACAUCGGUACUCUGUACUUAGUAGUACCAAACUCAACGCCGAAGGUUAACUCCGACUUACUUGGAAUAAAUACCAUGCCAGCUUCUGAUCGAUCCAGUCGCUGUAUUCAUGUUAAUGGGGAAUGGAUUGUGAAACAUGGUGAGAACGUACUCUGGCUCCCUCCCAGUUAUCGUCCUACAGUUUCAGCUGUCUUUAGAUCAACCGUGGCCACCGGCCAUGAUUCAGGUCGCGUACUAAUAAUGAGGUUCUCUGGAGAUGGAGAUGAUAAGUCGUGUUAA